UUACGGCAAGUGUUUACCGACAACGGUCUGGUUGACGGUACACGUGUUUACUAUCUCGUCCACUUGUGUGGUGACUGCAGCAUGGCUAAAAUGUCUAAGACUAAGGCGAUUAGCUCAAAGAGAGUUAAAAAGAGCUGCGAGGGGCCGGAGAAGAAGAAACAUGUGGUCUACGACGAAGAGGAAGAGCGUUUGAAUGAGGCAGAUGUAAACUUCACCAGCGAGGAAGAGGAGGAGGACGACGGCCACAAUGAUGAACGAAAACGCCAGAAGCUACUGGAAGCUAUCAACGCUCUCGGGGUUCAGAGGAAGAAAAAGCUGGCGGAGCGAUCCGAGGCAUCCGUCUACAUGUCGGACUUUACCGUCACCGCGGAGGGGGAGGGAGACAAAAUGGACCUGUCGGAGCUCAUCGGGACUGUGGAAAAAAACCCCGCAGUCCCAGCCAAGACCAAGAAGCAGCUGAAGAACCUAGAGCAAAGUAAAAAGACCAUCGAAUGUUCUCUCAGUAAGCAGGAAAGUGAGAGGAUCCAGAGAGAUGUUGCUUUUCAGAAGGCAUCGACAGAGGUGUCUAAGUGGAAAGGUGUCAUUAAACAGAACCAGAGGGCCGAGCAGUUGCUCUUCCCUCUUAAUCAGGAGCCUACUGGCCCCAAAGCUAUGGAGAGGGUGGUGACCAGCUGGAAGGUACAAACCCCACUGGAGCAGGAAGUUUUUGCCCUUCUAUCUGCCAACAAGCAGCCCAUCAAUGACCCCAUCCUGACCCCUGCUGAGGAGGCUUCCCUGAGCGCCAUGAGCCUUGAGGAGGCCAAGAUCCGCCGUGCAGAGCUACAGAAGGCCCGGGCACUGCAGUCCUACUACGAAGCCAAGGCCCGUAGAGAGAGAAAGAUCAAGAGCAAGAAAUACCACAAAGUGCAUAAUAAGGCCAAACGUAAAGACUUCUUGAAGCAGUUUGAUGAGAUGAUUAAGACAAACCCAGCAGCUGCCAUAGAGGAGCUGAAUAAGGUGGAGCUUGCCAGGAUGCAGGAGAGGAUGUCACUGAAGCAUCAGAACAGCGGCAAGUGGGCCAAAUCAAAUGCUAUCAUUUCUAAAUAUGACAAGGGGGCUCGCAAAGCAAUGCAGCAACAAUUGGAGGUGAACAAAGAGCUGACCCAGAAGCUGGUGACAUCACUGAAUAAUGAGGGGGAGGAGGAAGAGGUAGGCUCUCCAGAAUUGAUACCUGAUUUUGUUAAUGAUACGGAGGGAGGGCUGGAUUCUUCAAAUCCCUGGAUGAGAGGAAAGCUCUCUGAGCAACCCACAGAGAGGAGUGACAUUUUUGACUUCACAGAGGAGGGGGCUGGAGUGGUGGGAAAUAAAACUGAAGAAGAUAAUUAUGAGGAGGUGGAGGAAACUGCGGAGGAAGCACUCCUCAGAGAAUUUGACCACAGGAGGAAACUGCGUCUGGUUCAAGAGGCUGAAAUCAUGCCUGUGAUAUUUGUGGAUCAUGACAAUAAAGCUGCAGCAGAAUAUACCUCCAACAAAGAGGAGGAGGAGCAGCUGUCUGAGUUCACUAGUCUUUUCCAAGUUAUAGCAAACUCUCGUCAGGCUGCCGAAGCAGUACAGGCUGAUGCAGCAGAGGACGCCAAGCACACAGACUCUGCUCAGCUGGAAGAAGGGCAGAGAAUCAGGACUCAGGAGGAUGUGGAGUUCCUCAGUCAGGAGUUAUCAACUGAUAAAGCACCUGUUCAGCCACAGCCUGUCCCAGCCACAGAAAAACUGCCGUCAGCAACUCUGAAGGCAGGAAAAAACAGAAAAAGGAAGAGAGGGACUGAGCUGAAAGAAAUUCUCACCACAGAAGCAAAGGUCAUCCAAGUCCCGAUUGCCCCAGCAGUGGAGGACACAGAGGACUCAGAUGAAAAGCUGGAACAGAGGGGGCUCAUUAAAGAGGCCUUUGCUGGAGAUGAUGUCAUGUCAGACUUCCUUAGGGACAAGAGGAAUCAGGAAGAUGCAGGAAGACCUAAGGUGGUGGACCUGACGCUGCCUGGGUGGGGAGAGUGGGGAGGGGGGGGGCUUAAGCCAUCUCGCAACAAAUGCAGGAGGUUCAGGAUCAAGACUGUGCUGCCUCCACCCAGGAAAGAUCAGCACCUGCCCAGUGUCAUCAUCUCGGAGAAGAGAAACAGCUCCAUUAGCCUCCACCAGGUGAAUUCUCUGCCCUUUCCCUUUGAGAACCACAUGCAGUUUGAGAGCACCGUCCGUUCUCCCGUGGGCCGCACCUGGAACACAGAGCACACUGUUAAAAAGAUCACCAAGCCAAAGGUAAUCACCCAGCUGGGCUCCAUCAUUGAGCCCAUGGCUCGGGAGGAGCUGGUGAAGGACAAGAAGCUGGUGUGUAGUGUGGAUAACAAAUAAUACUGAAAUGAUCAGAAGUAAAUGAGGUUGAAGCUUUUUUCCACUAAACACGACUGUGCCAACAAUAAAUUCUCUGUAUGGGAUGAAGAUCAGUCUAAUAUCUAUACUGAAAUCUAUGCUUUUCUUGACUUUUUCGUAUUGUAUCAAAUUAAUUUGUUAAGAUUUGAAAUAAAUUUCUUUGGAGUUAAA